CUCCGCUUCACGGUGGUCCGAUCGCAGUCGACGUCAUUCAGAUCGAUAAUUCUAAUCGUAGUGACGAAGAAGCUGGGGCCACGUGUUCGUUUUACAGAUCGCGGUUUCGGUUUUGAUCAUAGAAAUUACAAAAGGCAUGGAUAAGUCGAGCGCGUUAGAGUAUAUCAACCAGAUGUUUCCAACAGAAGCAUCUCUAUCUGGCGUUGAGCCACUUAUGCAAAAGAUUCAUGGUGAGAUUCGCCGGGUUGAUGCUACCAUACUAUCUGCUGUUCGUCAACAGAGUAACUCAGGAACUAAAGCAAAAGAAGAUCUUGCUGAUGCUACACGUGCUGUGGAGGAACUCUCAUAUAAGAUUCGGGAGAUCAAAUCCAAAGCUGAGCAAAGUGAAACAAUGGUCCAAGAAACAUGCCGUGACAUUAAGAAGUUAGAUUUUGCGAAAAAGAACAUAACCACUACGAUCACUGCUCUUCAUCGCCUCACAAUGUUAGUCUCUGCUGUUGAACAGCUUCAGGUGAUGGCGUCAAAAAGACAAUACAAGGAAGCAGCUGCGCAGCUAGAGGCCGUAAGCCAAUUAUGUAAUCACUUUGAAGCAUACAGGGAUGUUCCUAAAAUCACGGAGCUCAGGCAAAAGCUUUAUAAUAUAAAGCAAAUCCUUAAGUCCCAUGUAUUUUCUGAUUUUUCCAGUUUAGGUACCGGGAAAGAGACGGAGGAAACAAAUUUGCUACAGCAUUUAUCUGAUUGCUGCUUGGUUGUUGAUGCUUUGGAGUCGUCUGUGAGGGAAGAGGUGGUAAACAACUUCUGCAGCCGUGAGCUUACCUCAUAUGAACAAAUCUUUGAAGGAGCUGAAUUGGCAAGGCUGGAUAAAACAGAGCGGCGAUAUGCAUGGAUAAAGCGUCGAAUCCGUACAAAUGAAGAAAUCUGGAAGAUUUUUCCUGCUUCUUGGCAUGUGCCUUAUAGACUUUGCAUCCAGUUCUGCAAGAAAACAAGGAAACAAGUAGAAUCUAUUCUGGUCAACAUGAAAGAGAAACCAGAAGCAGCUACAUUGCUACAGGCACUACAAAGCACAGUGGAGUUUGAAAAGGAACUUGAAAAUAAAUUUGGUGGUGAUGUUGCUACGAGGGAUAUCGGAGAUGACAUAGAAGAAAUUGGUACAUGGGAAAACAGUAGUCAGAAUGUAUCUAAAAUUCGCAAGAAGUAUGAAAAGAAAUUUGCUGCUGGUCAAGAAUCCGGGGAAAGUGGUUUGCUGCCUCUUUUUCAACAGGAAACAACCGGAAACAAAGAUUUAUCUGUUCCUGGAGCUGGGUUCAAUUUCCGUGGAAUCAUCUCUUCUUGCUUCGAACCUCAUUUAACCCCAUAUAUUGAGUUGGAAGAGAAGACACUUAUGGAACACCUGGAGAAAGUUGUUCAGUUUUGUUCCGUGGUUUACUGUUUCCUUUGUAUGCAGUUGUUUACCGAUAUAAAGAAGAGCUUGAAACGGUGCAGUGUUCUCAGUAAGAACCAGACUUUAUUCAAUUUGUUCAAGGUCUUUCAACGAGUUCUUAAGGCAUAUGCUACAAAGCUAUUUCUUAAGCUCCCAAAAGGAGGCACCGGUAUCGUUGCUGCAGCCACGGCAUGGACGGACCUUGGUUUUAAAUGUCGUGUGGUGAGGAUUGGCGAAAGGAGGCUCGACACUCGCCACUCGCCAUGGCGUUUCAUGGCGAUCGCAUCGCGUAUCAGCCGCUCAAAAUGUAUAGCGAGGAAAGGCGGUCGACUCUCGUACCUCGCUUUGCAUUGGGGUCCUGAGUCGUUUUGGAGGUCGCCUCAGGUCGCUACUCGCCAUGGCGAGCGAAGCGGUCGCCUUUUAAAACCAAGGGACGGACAGAUAAAGGUCUCGGACAGAGAUGAAAGGGUGAUAUGUCACAUAGUUAAUUCUUCCGAGUAUUGCCACAAAACCUGUGGUGAACUGGCAGAAAAAGUAUCAGAAAUUAUUGACCCGCACUAUGUUGACGUUGUAGACAUUUCAGAGGUCCAGGAUGAAUUUUCUGCGGUCAUAAGGAGAUCAUUGGUGACGCUGGUCCUUGGAAUCGAAACUAAAUUUGACACAGAAAUGGCAGCGAUGACACGUGUUCCAUGGGGGACACUUGACUGUGUGGGUGACCAGUCUGGAUAUGUAAAUGGAAUCAAUACAAUUCUUAGCGGCAGCAUCCCUGUCCUCGGGAACCUUCUAACACCAGUUUACUUCCAGUUUUUCCUCGACAAGCUGGCAUCAUCCCUUGGACCACGGUUUUAUGCUAAUAUUUUCAGAUGCAAGCAACUAUCGGAAGCUGGAGCUCAACAGAUGUUGCUAGAUACGCAAGCCAUGAAGACGAUUCUUCUAGAAAUUCCUUCACUUGCCAGACAGACUUCGACUGCUGCCAGCUACUCUAAAUUUGUGAGCCAUGAAAUGAGCAGAGCUGAAGCACUUCUUAAGGUCAUACUAUCCCCAAUCGAUUCAGUGGCAGACACUUACCGUGCACUGUUUCCAGAAGGAACUCCCAUGGAGUUUCAGCGCAUCUUGGAACUUAAGGGUCUUAAGAAAGCUGAUCAGCAGAGCAUACUUGAUGAUUUUAACAAGCAUGGCCCAGGUUUCACACAGGCCUCUGUUUCAGCGGCAAUGCCACAACCGGUUCCAACCCCACCUGCACUGCCGCUGGGAAUCACUAAUCCGGCUACAGCAGCUGGGUUCAUAGCAAACAGCGAGGAUGUGUUGACGAGAGCAGCGGCUCUUGGCAGAGGAGCAGCAACCACUGGCUUUAAGAAGUUCAUAGCACUUACUGAAGCUGCCAAAGACCGCAAAGAUGGACCUUUAAGGCGACUCUUCAACGCUUGAUUUGUUUAUUUUCUACCUCAAUCUCAGCUUUUGAAUAUGAAUCUGUGUUUUCGUUUCCUUGUCUAUUAAUGCAACUUCCAAUGGAUUUUCUUAGGCUGUUUCGUUUUUUUUUUCCUUCUGAAAAACGGUAACUACCACUUCUUUGGCAUUCCUCUCUUAUGUCAUAGUGUUGCAUCAAGUUUAAGAUUUCCAUUUUAUAUGAAAUGGUCUGUGAAGUACGUAAA